AUGGAUCAUUUGAUGUUACAUCAUAUUUUUGGUACUAAAAGUUCAGAUAAAGUUCCCGAGUAUUGGAUUGAUUCACCUUCGCAAUCUUUUUCUGGAAAAGGAUUCUUCUAUGAUGUUCUGAUCGAAGGAAAACAAGAAAGGUUCUGGUUAGAACCCAAAAAUCAAAUAUUAUCGCCAAGCUUUCAUUUGGUUGUCAAUGACGAGUUGAAUUCAACGAUCUUGGAUCAUUCAAUUCGAGACGAACAUUGCUUAUAUCAAGGCUAUUCCAUAACCCAUAAUGGUUCCACAAUAGCCUUGUCAGGUUGUGGAAACAGAAAGCAUGGGUUGAUGAUAUCAGACUGGGGUGAAUAUUACUUGAUUCAACCUGAACAAACUAAAAUUUAUAAUAAUGAAAACUCUAAGCAUAUCAUUCAAAAACGUUCGACUGAACGCAUCCAUGAUCAACACACAUGCAUUUUCGAUGCUUCAUCUGAUCCUUACCCGAAUGAUAUCCUGGAGAAUCGAAUGCACAACUUGAUGGACACAAGAAAAGCUGUUAUGAAGAAUGGUGAUAUGACUAUUGAACUAGCUGUCUUUGCUGAUGAUGCUUUAUGGAGGCAUUUUCUUCAACUUCAUCAUCAGAAUGCUGAUGCAGAAUUACAUAAGUUUAUCCUCGCAGCUGUGAACAAUAUUGAUAUUCUUUUCACCCAAAGAUCCAUCGAGCCACACAUAGACAUCAGGGUUGUUCGAUACCAAGUUAUGAAAUCUCCACCUAGGACUAUGGCUCACAGUUCUCAUUCAUCAGGUGAUGUUGAUCGUUUGUUAGAUGCUUUCUGCGAAUUUCAACACAGUAUCAAUCCUCCAAGCGACGAUGAUCCCCGUCAUUGGGACCACGCUCUUCUUUUUUCUGGUUAUGAUCUUUAUCGAGACGGUUUGAAAACUGUUGCGGGAUAUGCUCCAGUCAAAGGGAUGUGUAGUGGCCAACGGUCUUGUACAAUAAACGAAGGCUUAGACUUCGGUAGUGUUUUCGUUGUCACCCAUGAGAUGGGUCAUAGUCUCGGAAUGUAUCAUGAUGGUGAUAAUGAGUGCGAUCUUCGAUGCUGUAUCAUGAGUCCUUCCGUGGGUUCUGGAAAAACUCGUUGGAGCCAUUGUUCAGUAAAUGAAAUGUCAUCAUUCCUUGGGCGUUUGGGAUCUGAAUUCCGUCCUCCUAACUGUUUACUUGACUACCCUGUAGAAGAACAGGACAUGAUCUUCACUGAUAAAGAUAACCCGGGUCAAAUUUUCACAUUGGAUGAGCAAUGUGAAAUUUUUCAUGGAGAAUGCUGGAAGCAUGAACUGAAAGACGGUCAGAGAUUACAGGAUGUUUGUUCGAUCGUUUGGUGUGGAAAUGGGGAAGGAAUAAUCAGAACUGCCCAUCCCGCUCUAGAGGGAAGUUACUGUGGUCCAGGAAAACAAUGUCGAUCUGGAGUGUGCGUUCCAAGUUAUAGAAACUUACUUCCUGUUCAUGGAGGAUGGUCAGAAUGGAAUGAUAGUCCAGGAUCCUCAUGUGGUGGACAAUGCCUUCCGUGCCAGAUUCAGGGACAGAUCCGAAUUAGACGUAGCAUCCGUCAAUGUAACCUCCCUAGCCCUAACAAUGGAGGUCAGUCUUGCUAUGGAGAUGAAGCCAGAGGACUACGAUGUGAACGAGAAGUAUGUCGUGGAGUAUCUCAGGAACAAUACGCUACAAAUAUUUGCACAAAACUUCGUGAUGAUCCUGCCGUUCCUAACCCUCAGUUAACAGGUCAAGGAACACAGUUCGAACAAGCUUUGUGUAAAGUGUGGUGCCUUCUCACACUUUCAAACAAUAUUAGAACAGUAGCAAAUUUUCCUGAUGGAACUCCUUGUGGUUAUCAGAGGUUUUGUAUCAAAGGAGAAUGUCGACCUGUUUUGUGCUCAGGCAGUGUCAUAUCGACAGGAGAAGAAAACUGUCCAUUAGCUGUAAGACCCAGCACACCAAAUCCAAUGCAUUCAACAGCUCCUUCUAUUCAAAGCAACAGCAUUACUGAUACUCCAGAAUCACGUACUCAAUUUUCUGUUAUCAUGCAGUUUUAUUUGAAUAUUGUAGAAAACCCAUUUUGGAAACAGUGGUCUGGGUGGUCACUUUGGUCUCAAUGCAUUUCCUAUAACUGUGAAGCUAGAGGAUACAGAGUUCGAGCAAGACGUUGCUUUGCUGGACGAUGUGAUGGGUCCUCCCGGGAAAGAGAAGCUUGUACACCUCCACCAUGCCCAAACAGCUCAACUGCUACACCACCAACCACUCAACAAGCUUUCAAAUACAGUACACGAGUUUGGACUUGGACCACUACUACGACUCCUUUACCAUCAACAACUCCUCGAGCUCGCACAAUUAGUACUAUCCCGCCUACACGUUUGAUCUGGCACCCGCGAACGACAACAACCACCACAUGGCGUCCAUGGACCACAACGACAACCUGGAGACCUUAUACGACCAAUUCACCUUGGCGCUCUACAACAGUCUCCACUUGGAGACCAAGUGCCACUACCACUCCAUCAUGGCAGUCACGACAGUCCACACCUACAUGGCGACCAGCGACAACAGCUAGCACGUGGAGGCCCUUUAGCACUAAAUCCACAUGGAGAGCCUUCGUAAGUACGACUACAGCAUGGAGUAUGUUCUCGACGACGACAACUCCUACACCUCGUUCUUCAAACACAAUAUGGACACAGUGGUCAGGAUGCUCAGUUAGCUGUGGAUCUGGUAUGCGGCUACGCAGACAGAAAAAUUGCAACCAAAACUGUGUUCAAUACGAGAAAUGCGAAAUGCCAGCUUGUGCUCCUCCUAGAUCUUCUUCCUGGACAGGAUGGUCAGAAUGGUCAACUUGCAGUGUAACCUGCGGUCAUGGGGUUCAACUACGUAAACGAGAUUGUCAAGGCAAAUCAUGCAAAGGACCUGACAGUCAAGGAAAAAAAUGCGCUCAAGCGAAGUGUAAAGAUGGUUGGACAGAAUGGAGUGAUUGGUCUUCAUGCUCUGCAAGUUGUGGUCCUGGCAAGAAAAAUAGGAAACGUCUUUGCUACGCUCCUCCCUGUGAAGGAGACGACUCAAACACCCAGACUUGUGAACUAAAGGCUUGCUGGGUUUGGAGACGGCCUCGCAGCAGUGGGGGGGAUCUUCAGAAAUCCACUCUAGCUCGGUUAGGAGGUCUUGGAGUUUCACAUGCAAUUGAAGGUAGUGUCGGAGAACCUUGA